AUGGCAGAUAUAGAGCCAAAACCUAAGAUGGAGCCCCCGUUACUAAGUAAUCCAGCUAUGUCUGCUAUGCGGGCAGCACAGCAGAUUCAGCAGCUUGCAGAGGUUCAACAAAGACGUUUUUAUACCGAGACAUUUGGUGCUAUUCAUGAUGGUCGCAAAUAUCUUCCUCAGACUGAUGGGCUUGUUGAUUUUCAAGACAAAAUAAUCAAUGGAAUAGACCAGUUAAACAAAGAGAAUAGUUUUUUAAAAGAAUCUGUCUCUAUCUCUUUAAACACACCACCUGUAUCAAUAAAUAAAUCUGAGAAUACAUCAACAGAGGGUUCUGCUACUUGUUUUUCUAAAGAAUCUUCAAAUGUUUUAUUUGAUAAUUCAUCAACACUUUUAACAACAAAGCAAAUUGAUGCAUCGCUUAAUGAAGCACUUCUUCGGGUACACGAAUGCACAGUAUCUCAAUCAGCAGAACAUCCAGUAGACAUGUCUUUACAUUUGGUACAGCCAUCUGUUUCUUUGACUCAAACGGAUGGGAUGGACUCUGAUUCUAUUAAUUCUGAUUUAGAUUCUGAACCGAAUUCAAAUCCAGAGGAUGGUCCAGAAAACGAUGAUAACGGACAACUUGUUUUAUGUUUGUAUGAUAAGGUGCAACGCACGAAAAACAAAUGGAAAUGUGUUCUAAAAGACGGCAUUAUUGGAAUGGGUGGCAAAGACUACCUUUUUAUGAGAGCAAAUGGAGAAUUUGAAUGGUAA